AUGAACUUCGUGUCCCGGCUGUAUGCCAAGGGGCUCCCUCGCGGAGUGAGGCUGGCGAUAACACGACCCCAGCAGCUGAAGCAGCCACGUUGCUAUGGCGGACAGAGCACAGCUCGUCGCUGGAACAGCAGUGCCGCUGGGGGAGCGGCGGCGGGCUCCUUGUGGAAGACCAGCUAUGUCGUUGGCUCUGUUGCUGCUGCCAUCGGGGCUGGGUACGCACUUGGUGUUUACAACUCAGGGUCUCCCUCUCUUGGAUUGCUGAGCCAUGAAGUUUCCCCGGUAUACGGGUCUGCAAUCUCAGAGCUACGGGAGAUACUGGGCGAGGACGCCAUCAGCACCGACGAGGAGGACCUACGGGUACAUGGCUACUCCGAAUGGUCGACGGUCAACUGUGACCAGCUCCCCGUUGCUGUAGCGUAUCCUAAAUCGACUGCUGAUGUAUCUCGAAUUGCACAAGUCUGCUACAAGUUCAGGGUGCCCAUGGUGCCCUUCUCUGGCGGAUCGAGCCUUGAGGGCAACUUCUCUGCUCCAUUCGGCGGCAUGAGCAUCGACUUCGCCCAUAUGGACAAGAUCGUAGAACUACACACAGACGACCUCGACGUCGUCGUCCAGCCGUCGAUCCAGUGGAUGGAGCUGAACGAGCAGAUCAAACACUCUGGCCUCUUUUUCCCCAUCGACCCUGGCCCCUCUGCCAAGAUUGGCGGCAUGAUUGGCACUAACUGCAGCGGCACCAACGCUGUCCGCUACGGAACCAUGAAGGACUGGGUUAUAAACCUGACUGUCGUCCUUGCUGAUGGACGGGUGAUAAAGACGCGGAACCGUCCUCGAAAGAGCUCUGCAGGGUAUAACCUCGCGGGUAUCUUCGUUGGAUCGGAGGGCACCCUUGGACUGGUUACAGAAGCCACCCUCAAGUUGGCUGUCGUGCCAGAGGAAACCAGGGUAGGAGUCGCCACGUUCCCGUCCAUUAGAGAUGCCGCCAAUACAGCCAUGGCCGUUAUUCGUUCGGGCGUGCAGGUCCAAUGUGUCGAGAUCUUGGACGACGUCCAUAUGGAUAUCAUCAACAGAGCCGGCGGGACUAACAGGACCUGGAAACCCGCGACCACACUCUUCUUCAAGUUCUCAGGUACACGCAACGGAGUGGUAGAUUCGAUCAGUCGGACAAAGACGAUCGCAAGUGACAACAACAGCACUUCCUUUGAAUUCGCCACGACGGAAAAGGAGGUCCACGAACUGUGGUCUGCUAGAAAGCAGACACUCUGGAGCAUGCUGGCUCUCCGGAAAGAAGGAUCAGACGACGUCUGGUCGACUGAUGUCGCCGUUCCGCUUUCUAGGCUUCCCGAUAUCAUCGAACUGUCGAAAAAAGAUUUGGACGAGCUAGACUUGUUUGCUGGUAUAGUCGGCCAUAUCGGAGACGGCAACUUCCACGAAGGAAUAGUAUACAACAGGAAGAACCCGGCAGAAGUAGCAAAGAUUGAAAAGUGUGUCCACGACAUGGUCGACCGUGCUCUGGAGAUGGAUGGAUCUUGCACGGGCGAACACGGCGUCGGUAUGGGAAAGAAGAAAUAUCUAGUCAAAGAGCUUGGGAUGGAUACACUCAACGUCAUGCGAAGCAUCAAGCAGUCCCUUGACCCGCUCUGGUUAAUGAACCCGGGGAAGAUAUUCGAUGCAGUCCCGGGAGAGGAGGAGAGGAAAGGGAAGAAAUGA